CUUUCAACUCUCCAUCACUGUCAACAAGUGUGCCUCCGCCUGGUGGGUAAACAUCAUGGCGUCGUCUGGAGGACACCUCUUGGUCACCAAGGCCAUGAGGCUGGUCAAAUUCGCCGCCGCGAAGACGGGACGGUUCAUACGUGACAAGAUCCCGCAGGCAACCAAGCCACUUGAAGCCGACGUCCAGCCUGCCUAUGCCCGCGUCUCUCAGCGCCAACAACCCGUCAACCGCCUCGCUCAGAUCCGUCAGACCCAAAGCCGCUGGUAUAGCACGAAAUUGCACGGUCUCAACAACACCAGACACUACUCGUCCCAGUCUGGACCGAACGGCCGUCCGACUCGUGCGUCCUACCCUUCCUCCCGCACUGCUGCGGCUGUGGGACGACUGACUGGUCGGGCCCCGUUCGCAUCUACCCUUCGACCAAACCUUACGGGGGGCACUUUGUGCCGUCACGCAGGUGGCUAUGGACUAGGAGGUGGUCGAGUCGGCGGAGCCAGAUACUUCUCCCAUUCCCCUGCUGCGCAGGCACAGGUGGUCACCAACGUCUCCCAAGCAGUUCGAGCCUUCUGGCUCUCGGGCCAAAAAGCACGAUUCGAUGGAGCCAAUCCUCGCACAGGUGAGAAGCGGUUCCGAGCCGUUUCCAGUCUUCAAGAAGAUGCCAGGCACACCAUGGACAUGUCAUCAAAGAAUGCACCCGGUUCCUUCAUUGACUUCAAGGUGUCUCCUACUAUUACCGCCAUUGGACCCUUGGCCAGUGUCCCUCGCUCGCCUUCCACUGCAUCCUGCGAUUACGAGGUCCAACAAGACACCCUGAACAACACCACCCUCAUGUCCAACCUCUCAAUCGAUUUCGCCCGCGCGUUGAAAGACCUUGCGGCCGUCAUGAACGAUCUGAAGCACUUGGCAACAUUAGGCGACCUCCCGAUCUCUCUGCACAACAGCACGACUCUCCGCGUCCGCUUCCCUGGCUGCGAUGCAGAUACCGUCGAGGCUCUGUGCCGGGAACUCAACAUCAAGCGCGGCAUAGUCGGUCAAGAUGAGGAUUUUGAUGCCAGGAACGGGACGGAAAUGGCACUUUUGUUUCCGUUUGCGCCCAGCAAGACAGCCAGUGAAGCCGGCUUCAUGGGCUCCAACUGUGGCUACGGUGACAGACCGAUCAAGCGCAUCAAGAAAGACCGCGUUGAGUGGCAGGAGAUGCUCACUCCGCCGCAACACCCCUCUGCGGGUUUCUCGCACAUUUCGGUCACGAGCAAGUCGCCCGACGCGUUCGAGAUGAUCGAUGCGGCAAUGGGUGAAAAUCCCUGGAUGUCAAGCCCGUCGGGAUAUUCCAGCCUGCACGAGAGCGAAAUGUUGGAAGCCGAGGAAGAUGCAGCAAUGUACUUCUUCCAACCACGAAACAACGCGGCCGGAAGAGAAAGAUAUCCCGAGCGCUCGGUUGAUGGGAAUGGCGACGGAUACGAGGGGCUGGAAGGCAUCUAUCGGUUCAUUGAGGAGUGCGAUCGGGCGCGGUCCUGAUCGGUGCUUGGAGAGAGUCCCAUCGCCUCAGAAUGCACUGCCUCGAUCACUUGCUUAGCUAUUCCUUUUGUUCAAUGCGGUGGACACCCACUACGGUCGUGGCUGAUCGGGUGUGAGAGUCCCGCCGGGACCAGCGCUCCUUGACACUUGUAUGGUUGCGUAACGAGCUACAUCCACAGAGCCCCAGAAUGAAACUCUUUCCUCUUCAUGCGUACCAAUACGAGUAUCAUUGUCGUUCACUCAUUUCAUGUCUAGUUAUUAAUGGAGGUGCAUUCGUAUAGGUGACGCCGGAAAGC